GGGAUGCCUUGAAAUCUGAAUCAAGCUAAAGUACUUUUUAACGCUGUUUCCUAAACAUAUCUAGCUUAGUAGAACAUUGGAAUUCAAACUCUUUGGACAGUUACGAGACGACAAAAAUUCAAAUUUUAUUUUUAUUUUUUCGUGCUAAGCAAUUACCGACAAAGCAAAUCACCAUGUGCAGCUUUCCUUGCUAUCCUUGCGCCGCUUUGUGUCCCUGCGGAGGUAGUGGACCAAGUGGAUUCUACGAUCCUUGUUUUGGUCCCUACAACGGUCCAUUUAACUCUUGGUGUGGGGCAAGCGGUCCUGGUUUCUGGCGGGGUGGUUGCUGCUAAUUUUUGUCGUGGGUUGGAAGACCAAAAAGAAGUUUUAGCAGCUUUAGUUGCUUGCACAAAAUCGGAACCGUCAAACUCGAGACUCUUGCAAUGGCUUAAAACGGCAAAAUAAAAACUGUCAAGGACGAAGAUUACUCUUUAUAUACAACAAAGAAUUGGCUUUCGAUCAACAUAAUAAAUCUCUACAACUGUGUA